AUGAAGGCGAACCAGCAGCGCAAGCCGCCAAGCAGCAGCGGCGCCGCCUUGCCACAGAAGCGCUUCUACCGCGCUCGAGCGCACAGCAACCCGCUCAGCGAUAACCUCUUCCCAGUCCCCGUGUGCCCCGCGGAGGUGGACUGGUCCGCGCACUUCCCCGCGUUCUUCCCCCCCACUGCUGCCGCAGCACACCCGCCUGCUGUUGCUGAUGGUGGCGCUGCUGCUGAUGGCGCAGCAGAGGGGGAGCGAGCCCAUUCAGCAGGACGAGAUGGGGCGGCACAGCAACAUGCCCCAACAAGCAGCACGGGGCAACCAAUGGUUCGCUUCGCUGAUGUCGGUUGCGGCUUUGGCGGCCUGCUAGUGAAACUGUCUCCUAUGUUUCCAGAUACGCUGAUGGUUGGAUUCGAGCUACGUGACAAAGUGAGCGAGUAUGUGAAGGACCGCAUUCUUGCUCUCAGACAGCAACACCCCUCGCAGUACACCAACAUCUCUUUGAUCCGCACCAACGCCAUGAAAUACCUUCCCAACUACUUCAAUAAGGCGCAGCUGACCAAGAUGUUCUUCCUCUUCCCCGACCCGCACUUCAAGGAGAAGAACCACCGCCGCCGAAUCAUCACGACUGCUCUCUUGGCCGAGUAUGCAUACGUGCUGGCUCCAGGAGGCAUCCUAUACAGCAUCACGGACGUGGAGGAGCUGGGUGUGUGGAUGGACGAGCACCUGGCAGCUCACCCGCUCUUCCGCAAGCUCACUGCCGCCCAGAUGGUGAGCUCUCUGCCGCCCAGAUGGUGA